CCGGCAGCAGGGUCGAGGCGGCGGCGGCGGCGGCGACGCCUUUCAGUCUUUCACUGUUUGUUUUUCUAACGUUGACUUUCUCUCCUGCAGGUGGCGGGGCCGUCGAGGGGCGUCGGCCGCUCAGGGCUUGGGAGGCCCCGCGCGUGGGCAGCGAGGCCGUGUGGGGGCGUGUGGGGCACAAGCGGUGCCCGGCCGGCCCUGUGAGGGCCCAUAGUGCUCACGCCGCCGCGCUGUGCUUCAGAUGCUUCGUGACCGUGAGUGUGCGGCGCUAAACCGUGAGUGUCGCGUGUGAGUGUGUGCGAGUGUCGCGCGGUGAUGGCGUGGCCGCGGCCGCCCGCCCUGUGAGUUACUUGUGCUGCACGUGACGCUGAGCCAUGGCGGAGGGCGAAGACGCCCCGGGUCAGGGGCCGGGCUACCCGCGGCCCUUCUCCAGCGUGAUCCAGCCCUCGCCCUUCACCCACGAGCGCAACAUGGCCGCCCACAGACUCUCGGACUCCAGGUUUUUCUUCUCCGAGCGGCGGCUGUCGCAGCUCUUCAACGUGGACGCCUGGACGGAGGAAGGUGAUGAGCCGCGCAACGACUUUGCCGAUGAAGUUGGCACGGGCCACGAGCCGCCCCCUGAGCCCGCCCCCCGUGCCUCCUACUGCCCCCCCUCCCCCGGCACCCCAGGGGACCAAGGCUCCCACGGCUCGGACCCCCACUACACCCCCAGCCUGCGUGAGUCGUCCCUCUUCUCCACCCUGGGCUCGGCGUGCCACCACGACCCUAGGUUCUCGGCCGAGGUGGCCCUGGACAUGGCCCGUCUCUCCACCAUCAGCGGCGGCUCAGCGCGCUUCAGCUCCGGCCGCCUGGAUGACGAUGACGAGGACGAGGACACGUACGGCGGCGGCAACAACGGCGACGUGACGCCCACGCCGGGCUCGCCGGGGUCGUGCCGCAGCUCCCGCAAGCUGUCGUCCCGCUACUCCCAGAUGUCCACCCUGGCGGACUCUCUGGCGUCCUCGGGGCCGCGCUCGUCCCUGCCCUCCGUGCUGUCUGACCUGGCCGGGGAGGUGGACGGCGUUGCGGACCUGCUCACGGACGACGACGAGGGGUUGGGGCCGGGGCCGCGGGUGUGGGGCGGCGAGGAGGUGGUCAACUGGCAGGAGCGGUGCCUCGAGCUGGAGCUGUCCCUGCAGCGCUUCAGGGACCAGGCCGGCAAGAUCAGGGAGCUGCUGCGUGAGAAGGUACGUUUGUGUUUGUCUAUCUGUGUGUGUGUGUGUAUCGGCUGCCUCCGCCUCACCUGGUUCCGGCAAGUGAAGGUAAUUUGCAGUAAAAGUCGGGCCGGAAUGUGCUUUUGAUAAUAUGUCUGGAUGAGCCUCGCGUGCCGCCGCUCCUGAUCGAAAAUUUUUGUGGGUAAUGAGUGGCAAUGAGGCCGUGGUUAUCUGCCCCCUCACCCACCUUCCCCUCUCCCCCGCUUCUCACCUCGUCUGCUCUUGCUUGUACACGGAGACUCAGGGCACAGGGCAAGGGGCACGGGGCAUGUGGUUAUAUAUGUAGAGGUUAAGUGUA